AUGAAGAAAUAUAAUGUGAAAGGAGAUGAGAAGAAAGAUUCACAUGUCGAGUCUUCCAUGGGUGGAAAAAGGAGUUACUCAAAUUUCAAGAAGGGAACUCGUAGGAACAAUAACUACAACAAUAACACCAACCCCAACAACAAUACCAACAACAAUACCAACAACAACAACUACAACCGCAAUAACCACAACAACAAUAACAACAACCGCAAUCACAACAACCCCAACCAUUAUAACAUAAAACAAGAGAAUACUCAGGCAAGGGAUGCAAAGGCGUUUAUAGCCACCAAUGAUACUGGCCCGAAGAAGUACUCAGGUACUAUGCCGAAGUGUGAGCGAUGCACGUAUCAUCACGUGGGUAAUUGUAGGAAAUGUGACAAGUGUGGAAAGCUUGGCCACCGUACCGAGUCAUGCUGGGGAUCAGGGAAUAGAUCAGGAACAGAGAAUAGAAACAACAAUAAGAAUGGGAAUGGGCGUGAGCAAGGAUGUUUUGGAUGCGGAAGCAAAGAUCACUUCAAAAGGGAUUGCCCUAAAGAAAACCAAGCUCGUGGUCGAUCAUUUGUGAUUGGAGCUAAGGACGCGCGCCAAGACCCUAAUGCGGUCACUGAUAUCUUGAUAUACUCUCGAUCGACUGAGGAACAUGAACAACAUUUGAGAACAAUUUUGGAGUUGCUAAAGACGGAGAAACUAUACGCGAAAUUUUCCAAAUGCGAAUUUUGGAUUCGCAAAGUACAAUUUCUCGGGCAUGUAGUGAACGAGAAAGGCAUUCAAGUAGACCCGUCGAAGAUAGAAGCGAUUAAAAAUUGGGAAGCGCCCAAGACUCCUACCGAAAAAGACAAGAAAUUCGAUUGGGGAGAGAAACAAGAAGCAGCAUUUCAACUUCUUAAAGACAAGUUGUGCAUUGCACCAAUCUUAUCAUUACCCGAUGGUACCGAUGAUUUUGUUAAACUUAAAAGGUAA